GCCGGGGGCCAGAGAUUAUCUCAGUGGGUACUCACUUAGCGGACACGUGGGCAAUCUUACUGGUUUAACGUUUAAUAGCCGCUAAUGGGGGGGAUAUAGAACGGUCUCGAUCCUUCCAAUUGAAUUAACGUUACCGCUAAAGCUAGCGGAUAGAAAGUCUGCCUGUGCCGCUCUUAUCAAGGUUAGCAUAAUAUCCCGAUUCUAUUAUUUUUUUCUAAAUAUCGACAACGCCGCUGCCACACAUCCAAGCAUCGACCCGUUUGUAUGAGACUGUCGCCUUAUUGCUGUUGAAUAAACCAUGGCACCUGUCUUGGUGCUCUGGCUGGCUAUGUCCCUCAGCGGGACAUGGGCUGUGGACAAGGGCAACUUCAAGACCUGUGACCAGAGUGCCUUCUGCAAGCGCCAGCGAGCGUUGAAGCCUGGUGACUCUCCCUAUCGAGCCCUGCUGGAGACCAUGGAGCUGACCAACACCAGACUCACGCUGCAGCUCAUCAAUGACAACAAUAAGGUGCGUCUGCUGCUUGAGCUCUAUCGUCUCCAGGGAAACAUAACGAGGGUGAAGAUUAACGAGCUGAAGCCGUUGAAGCCUCGCUUUGAGGUCCCAGACGUGCUCAUCAGGGAGCCGUCCACUGAGCCCCUGUCUCUCCUGUCUCAGGACGAAAAUGGGGUGGUGCUGUCCCUGGGGGCGGAGUCCCAGAGGGUCAUCAUCAGUGCCCGCCCUUUCCGGUUGGACAUCAUGGAAGGGCCAGAAGUGCUGAUGUCUCUCAACUCGCGUGGCCUGUUGGCCUUUGAGCACCUGAGGAUGCGCAAGGACACUUUCUCCUAUAAAGUAACUAGCACAGUGGCUAGCGUGUGGGAUAAUAUCAAGAGGUUAUUCUCUAGUCAGGCAGAGCCAGAGGGCGAGAAGAAAGAGGAUGCUGAUCCGGCCAACCAGACAGAGAAAGACGAGGAAGACAAAAUAGACGGGAUGUGGGAGGAAACCUUUAAAUCCCACUCAGACAGCAAACCUAACGGUCCAUCUGCUAUUAGUUUGGACUUUUCCUUGCCGGGUGUGGAGCACGUCUACGGCAUUCCAGAACACGCAGACACCCUCCGCCUUAAAACAACCGAUAAUGGAGAUCCAUAUCGCCUCUAUAACUUGGAUGUGUUCCAGUACGAGCUGUACAACCCGAUGGCCCUUUACGGCGCUGUCCCUGUCAUGUUGGCGCACAAAGCCCAGAGAACCACCGGCAUCUUCUGGCUCAAUGCUGCCGAGACCUGGGUGGAUAUCAGCUCCAACACAGCUGGAAAGACCGUGUUUGGAAAAAUGUUGGAUUACGUUCAAGGCUCGAGCGAGACUCCACAGACGGAUGUUCGUUGGAUCUCUGAAAGCGGCAUCAUUGACGUCUUCAUCAUGCUUGGGCCAACGCCCAAAGACGUCUUCUCUCAGUAUGCCUCCCUCACAGGCACCCAGUCCUUCCCUCCCCUAGCUGCUGUGGGCUACCACCAGUGCCGCUGGAACUACAACGACCAGGAGGAUGUGGCUUCAGUGGACGCAGGCUUCGACGAGCACGACAUCCCCUACGACUACAUCUGGCUCGACAUCGAGCACACAGACGGCAAGCGCUACUUCACCUGGGAUCCACACAAGUUUGCAUCACCAAAGGAAAUGCUACAGGCUCUCGAGGACAAGAAACGCAAGAUGGUGGCGAUUGUGGACCCUCAUAUCAAAGUAGACAGCAACUACAAGAUCCAUAAUGAAAUCCGAAAUAAGGGUUUCUACGUCAAGAACAAAGAUGGCGGAGACUACGAGGGCUGGUGCUGGCCUGGUAGCGCCGGCUAUCCUGACUUCACUCGGGCAGACAUGAGGGACUGGUGGGCAAGCAUGUUCGCCUACGAUCAGUACGAGGGUACCAUGGAGAACUUGUACACAUGGAACGACAUGAAUGAGCCAUCAGUCUUUAACGGGCCGGAGGUGACUAUGCACAAAGACGCUGUGCACGGAGCCUGGGAGCACCGUGACGUGCACAACCUGUAUGGCUUGUAUGUGCAAAUGGCCACAGCGGAGGGUCAGAUCCAGAGGUCAGGGGGAGUUGAGAGACCGUUUGUUCUGACCAGAGCCGUCUUUGCUGGGUCACAACGCUAUGGUGCUGUGUGGACCGGAGAUAAUGCUGCUGAGUGGGACCAUCUGAAGGUGUCCAUUCCCAUGUGUCUGAGUCUGGGUCUAGUGGGACUCUCUUUCUGUGGUGCCGACGUUGGUGGUUUCUUCAAGGCUCCGAGCACGGAGCUGCUGGUGCGCUGGUACCAGACGGGAGCCUACCAGCCGUUCUUCAGGGCCCACGCCCACCUGGACACCCCCCGCCGAGAGCCCUGGCUGUUUGGUCCGGAAAACACAGCACUCAUCCGUGACGCGGUGCGCCAGCGCUACACCCUGUUGCCCUACUGGUAUCAGCAGUUCUACCACGCAUACCGCACUGGAGAGCCCAUCAUGAGACCCCUCUGGGUGGAGUAUCCUCAGGAUCCUGCUACGUUUGCUCUGGAUGACGAGUUUUUGAUUGGGAAGGAUCUGUUAGUGCACCCAGUCACCGAGGAAGGUGCGAGGGGAGUCACCGCCUACCUACCUGGCAAAGACCAGGUUUGGUUUGACGUCCACACCUUCCAGAAGCACAACGGGGCUCAGAGUCUGUACAUCCCUGUCACCAUGAGUUCUAUCCCCGUGUUCCAGCGAGGCGGCUCCAUUAUUCCCAGGAAGAUGAGAGUUCGCAGGUCCUCCUCCUGCAUGAUGCACGAUCCCUACACUUUAUACGUGGCUCUUAACCUGCAGAGAUCUGCAGAGGGUGAGCUCUACAUGGAUGAUGGCCACACCUUCAACUAUGAAAAGAAGGAGUUCAUCCACAGAAAGCUGUCCUUUGCCAAAAACAUGCUCUCUUCUGUGAACCUGACUCCAGAUGCUCAGUUCUCCACUGUCUCCUGGAUUGAACGCAUUGUCAUACUGGGAGCCAGCAAGCCCAGCAAGGUUACCCUUAAGACUGCUGAUGGUCAGGAAAGCCAACUAGAGUUUGACUUUGAUGCCUCGAUGUCGGUGUUGACUCUUCGGAAGCCCGGCAUGAACGCAGGGUUAGACUGGACCGUGAUGCUCCAGUAACCUAAAGACAAGAGGAGAAACACGGCGCUGAUGCAAAAGAUUAACCACAGAAAGGAUAGCCGUGAUGGAAAAAAUAAAGGACGCAACACAUGGAACAGUUUUAAUCCCGACACACUAACAGACACACACGCCCAUGUAGACCUGUCAGUGGAACUGAGCCACGUAACGAUUGAGAAGUCAUGUCAUUGUAACGGAUCAUUUGGCAAAAAAAGGUGCUUAAUUUUUUUUUGCUAAACGAACCAUACAGACAAACUGUUUUUUUCGCUUUUUAAAAUGAAGGUUUGCAUCCAAAGCACAUGCUCCUCCUACUGGUGAUUCAUGCUAUCUGUUUCUGACUUAAUACUCAUUCCAACCCUCUAUUAAGCCAAGCACUUCACUCAGCUGUACCUUCUGUACUCGUGCCACAUUCGAUACAUAUUGAGUGGGCUUGUCAACAAUCUCUGUGCUUUCAUCCUGAUGUUCUUAAGAUUUCUUCCCCUUUAGUGGAAAUAUUAUUUCUCACAAAUUCUGGCCAGUAAAAUCUAGUUGGGUCUCUCCCCGAGUUUUUCAAUGAUAAAUUCUUGGCCAAUAAAAUGUUUAUCAUCUCCCACGUGGUUAACUUGUUACCCUGCUGCACAGAGAUUAUCAGCUGAAUAACUUCAGGGACUGAACCACAGGAUCUUUGCUGAUUUUCCUGUUGAUGUGCUUUCUUUGUUUUACUGGAAUGUUUCCCUACUUUGUUUACUAGAUUAUUUUUAAUGCACUGAAUGCAGUGAGAACUUAAACUUGUUUAGAUUUCCAUGUGUUUUUCAAUGUUUGGAUCAUCCAGGAUUUCUAUUGUGUUAUUUGGAUCCUACUGAUCAAAUCUAUUCCUUGACAGGUGCUUUGCUAGCAAAUGUUCAUUUUAAAGCCUUUUGAUUUACAGAACAAAUCAAUCCUAAAUGCACACAGAGUGAUUCUCUAGAGACCCUGGAUUUUCAAAACUUUGGACCUUUAGGGGUUUUGCUAUGACUUGAUUGUUUUAUGAUCAUUAAUGUACAUGCUGUUGCAAUUCUGUCAGGUGAUGGCUUGAAUUGGUUAAAUAUGUAACUGAAGGAACAAAUUCAAAGUUGCCAGAUGUACUCUAAAAGAUAGACCAAGUAAAAAUAAAGUUGACCAAAUGUAAAAGUC